GUCCUGUUCGUUGCCUUGACGCAAUCAGCGAGCGCCGCUAGUUUGGCUUGUUGUUUCUUCUAAUCGUGGUGUGAUGAAAGUGGCCGUAUAUUUGCAGACAAGGAGGCCAUGCUGGUGCUCAGGACUGUCUGGCUGCAUCUGAGGACAACUAUAUCCAAGUCGCCUGUGGACUGUCACCUGGUGCAAAACUGUACCUAAAGUGGGAAUAGGGGAUUUGGGGAUGGGGUUGAAGAGCAACAGGAGGGCGUCAUGGUUCACAGCGACUCCACUUCCCAGAUGAAAGUAACACCACCAGCAUCGCUUCAACUGACAGUGACAUCUGCUGUACCUCCUCAAGUUCUGCCUUCAACAUUGACUGUCGGUCAGAAUUCAUCUCAGACCCCAAAUAAAUGCAACACUGACCCCAUCUCGGACAGUAACCAGCCUUCGACAGGAACGCCUGCAGAACCUCAUGUUGUGUCCCCAGCAGGCGAACCCACAACAGACUCUUCCCCUGUGUCAGACUGGCCUCCUGGCAAAAACCCUGUUUUAGGCAGAAUCAAUGGUCGUACAUCUGCCAGAAAGAGGACUCCCAAAGCUUGUGACUGCUGUGGCCCCAACAGCAAAGGACAUAAUGUGGAGACUCCUAGCAGAGGACAGCACAGAGGAAGAGGCAGAGGAAGGCGUGGGAUUGGGACAGACCACCUGGAGACUUCAAAACGGAAACUGGGGGACGUGCUGACACCCGUCAGGGGCAUGAAAUUGUUUAAGGGGAAGGAUGAGGAAGCCGAGCAUGUCAUUACAAAUAAUUUGGUUCAAGUAUCCAACAAUGAUUCAGACAUCUCUGUGAUUCCACCUGUCCUGGUUCCUCUGGUGGAGGAACCAAUCAGUGUCUGUGUUGCUACAGAGACAAGUAGUGCAGAGCUUCCUGUUGUCAGUAAGGAAGUAUGUACCUUGGCGAUUAACACGUUAGGAAACAAAUGCCCCCCAGUCUCUGAGUCAACUGCAACUAUGGCUCCCUUAUCUAGCGUGGGUGUUAAACCAAAUCUUACCCCAUCAGUGGUGGAGCUCAAGCAGCAAGUGGAUUCAGAAAAGUCCACCGUUUUGAAUGGCACGCAGCAGCCAGCUGAAGCAGCAGGGAAGUCGAAGGAAGAAGUCAUUGUUCUGAAUGAUUCUGGAAAUGGAACACUUGGUUCUGAAACCCCUCAGGACAUGGACUUCCUCAUGCAAGUGGAUGAGUACACAUUAGUUCCUCUUUCCAAUGGAGUAAAUGCUUUACAAACCAACCAUGACCAUGGAGCUUCACGACCCAAAAUUCCUCCUCCUGCAAACCCCAUAGCAGUGAACAGGCAGAAGCACGUUUGGGCAUUAUUGGACCAUCAGCUGUACUGUCAUAUGGGAACCUGGGAGAAGGGGGAGGAGCAGCAACAAGAUGUGGCUGGACAUACAGGGAGUGAAGAGAAGGAAAUAGAAGAAAGGUUGGAACAGCUCGUUGACAUGGUUCAUGAGUUUCUGGAGAGCUUUUAUAUCAAAUAUGGCAGUUUCAUUCCUCUCAGUGAGUCGGAUGUCCUGGGAUACCUGAAGAUGAAAAGCAACUGUGAAGACCUCAGCAACAUGGGAUUAAACAUAAAAGGCGAAAUGGCAAGGUACCAGACCGGACUGGCUUCUGCUCCUUUUUCGGGCUUCAUGGUGAUGUACAACAAACAUUCUCUAAGCCUGGAAGACCUUGCCACGUUGGAGGACCAAAACUGGGUGAACGAUCAGAUCAUCAACAUGUAUGGAGAACUUAUCAUGGAGAAUACACAACACAAAGUUCAUUUUUUCAACAGCUUCUUCCAUAAGCAGCUGGUGGCAAAGGGCUACGAUGGCGUCAAGAGAUGGACAAAAAAGGUCGAUCUGUUCUCCAAGUGGCUGUUGUUAAUUCCGAUCCACUUAGAAAUCCACUGGUCUCUCGUCACUGUCACCAUGGCGACCAAAACCAUCAAUUAUUAUGACAGUCAGGGCAUUGUCUUCAGAAACACCACAGAUAAUAUCUUGAAGUAUCUUCAGGCUGAAGCUCAGGAGAGGAAUCAAGCGGCUUUCCAGAAAGGCUGGAAGAUCUUCAUCAACAAGAACAUCCCUCAGCAGAAGAACGACAGCGACUGCGGUGUCUUUGUCCUGGAGUACUGCCGCUGUCUCUCCAUGAAGCAGCCUCUGCUUUUCAGCCAGGACGACAUGCCACAUAUCCGCAAGAGGAUCUACAAGGAGCUGUGCGACUGUCGCCUGGUGGCCUGAGGACCAAAGCCUCUGCUACAGACUCAACCACGGCUCCACAUUUGGUGGGUUUUUACGUCCAAACUUGAAGGAACUACUGACUGAACAUGCUGGACCCAAACGCCCGUAUGCCUGCCACUGUGGGACCACACUGCUGCUCCCUGGACCAAGUGGUCGGACUUCCGAACAAUGCUGCCUUACGUCCAGCCCCUUUUUAUCUGAAUGGUUUUAUAAAGUUGUUUGUCAGUGUGACAAUUAUUUCCAAAGGCGUUGACAGGCAGUGCGAGUCAGUGGACCAGACGUUCACUUCUAAACUUGAAGGGUUGAGUCAACUCCUGGCUAUAGAAGAACUAAUAACCUGAAUGUAUCCAUACUUGCUGCCUUGCAGGGAGUCUCGACCCAGCUUCUGACAUUUAGGUUGGAAAUUGUUUUUUAGCCUCGCGAUGUCAGGUCUGUGUAUCCACGUAAUAUUUAACUGAGAAUUCAUACACAAGGUUAGUCAUGCUGCAUUCAAAGUGCCGGAGAAGACGGUUGCUAUUGAGGUAAAACUUAACAACUUCAAACACACCCUCUGAUGCGUUCAAUGACACUCGCUGUGUGUGGGAUCAACAGGUCAGGUUGGUUGAGAUUCUCAGCUAAAUCUUGCUCACCUGACAUCAGGACUUAGAUGUUUUGUUUGAUUGAUGCUUCUGGUCCUGCUGUUCAGAACUGUGGCUGAGGACCGCGAUGGUCAACUGAAGCUGCUUCCUACGUCCCUCCAUGUGCUGACUUGAAGUUUUGACGCAAUUUCAGCUCUGCAUUUUACGUCUACCCUUCCGUUCAACUCUGGGGUUUCUUGUUGUGCGCCUUCAGACAUCCUCUCUUUUAAUGUUGGACUACUGUACAUGCUUGCCUGGCGCUAACCUCUCCGGGCCUUGGCCCUUUUGUUAUU